AUGGCUCGACUGCCUCCUUCCUGCUUGGCAGGCCUCAGAGCCCUGUGUGGGGCGGGGCUCUGGAAGGCGCAGCGUGCCUCUCUUCUUCGCGCAGUACGCCUAGAGGGGCGUCUCUCGCUUCUCGUGGGGUUUCCGCUGUCUGCCCGUCUCCCUUGCUCAUUUGCCCUUUCUUCUUCUCUGAGUUCACGACCUCUUCCUGCCUCAGUGUCGCCUGUGUCGCCGGGCUUGUUUGCAGAGCCUGCGUUCGCUUCCCUGUCCUCCCGCUUGUGCUCUACUUCCUCGUCGCCUGCCGCCCCGCCGGCCGAAAAAUCCAAGGCCGCAGACGGUGAUUUUUUGGCGCUGGUGAAGAAGCUGAGGGCGCUGACGGGCGGCGUCAGCAUUGGAGAGUGCCGAAAAGCGCUUGAGGCUUCGAAUAUGGACCUCGACGAGGCGGCAGUGUACCUGCGAAAGCGGGGCGUUGCUCGUGCUGCCAAGGCAGCGGACCGCGUGGCGGCCGAGGGCCUCAUCGCGGUCGCGGCCCUGCCGGUCUCCGAGGAGACGCUGUCCCCUGCGGGCGACGGGCAGACGGGCACGGUCGUGUGCCUGCUAGAGCUCAAUUCCGAGACCGACUUCGUGUCGAAGAGUCCUCGAUUCAUCGCCCUCGCGCGAGCCGCUGCGCGCGCCGCGGCCACAGCCGCCUCGAGAACCUCAGUGUGUGGGACGGGUGCCGCACAAGCCGGGGUGACAGGAGACAGGCAGGCGGCGGCGGGCCAAGCAGACGCGAAGGCGCUCUCUGCCUUCGUGAUUGAAGCUGCGAAGGCCUCGUUCGUUGACCCCGAAGACUUUCGCGAAGCCGGACUAGGCGAGGCGUUCCUCCAGCAAGGCCGAAGGGACGAAGGAGACACCUGUGGGGCGUCUCCGUCUCCCUGCGCGGCCGCUUCUGGGGGCGCGGCUGGACAGCAGAAUACGCUGGAGGACGUCAUGGUUCUGCUCACGCAGCAGUUUGGUGAGAAGCUCCAGAUCUCUCGCGUCGAGAACGUCAGUGUCUCAUCGUCUGCCGCGUCUGCGUCCCUCUCGUGUUGUCCGCCGGGGUCUCCUUCCUUCCCCGAGGAGGCUGCAGGCUGGUACGUGCAUGGGCAAGUGGCUGAGGGCGUGGGGCGGGCGGCCGCGGUCGUGGUGCUGGACUGGCGACAGAAGCGAGACGUCGAGAGCGGCGCAGCACUGGAGGCGGCCUGCGCCAAGGGCAAGCGGGCGGCGGUGGCGGCCCUCGCGCGGCUCAUUGCCAUGCAGGCCGUGGCGACUCGCCCACGAUACGUCAGACUGUCGGACAUCUCGGAGGCGGAGAUAGAGAACGAGCGGUCGAUUCUGCGGGCUUCCGUCGCGCACCAGUUCUCGUCUGCGGCCUCCGCGCCCCCCGAGAAGAUGGAGAAGGCGGUCGAGGGCCGCCUGCAGGCCCAGCUAAAGGAACAGACAUUGCUCGAGCAAGAUUUCCUUCUGGCCUCGCAGAUGGAAACCGACGUGCUUCGAAAGAACGACAGCGGGGAGGCUGGCGGGACUGCAGCGCCGCAGAAAGAGAAGAAGGCCGACAACCAAACCUCCUCUGUUAAAGAAGCCCUGAGACGCGCCGCAAAGUCGCUCGGCUGCGAGGACCUGGACAUCAAAGACAUGCGCCUGCUUGGCAUUGGCUUGUCGUGA